UGGUCCGUCUCUCCCGCGCCCUGCCCUUCCCCUUCCCGGCGUCCCACUCCGGCCGAGCCCCUGGCUGGGGCGGCCUCCAGCAAGCGGAAGGCGGCGGGAAGAUGGCGGAGCCCGGCGGGGCCGAAACCUUCGCCGAGCGACCGUCCACGCCCAGCGGCAGCAGCCUCAGCAGCAUGGCGGACAAGAACAGCACAUUGAAAUGCACUUUCUCUGCUCCGGGCCAUAGUGUUACCCUUCUGCACGGCUUGGCUUCUCUGCGGGCUCAGGCCCAGUUGCUGGAUGUCAUCCUCACCAUCAACAAUGAGGUCUUUCAAGUGCACAAAGUUGUUUUGGCAGCCUGCAGUGACUACUUCAGGGCCAUGUUCACUGGUGGGAUGAGGGAAAGCAACCAAGAUGUGAUUGAGUUGAAAGGAGUCUCUGCCAAGGGCUUGAAGCACAUCAUAGAGUUUGCCUACAGUGCCGAAGUCACCCUUGAUCUGGACUGCAUCCAGGAUGUGCUGGGAGCGGCUGUCUUCCUGCAGAUGGUACCUGUGGUGGAGCUGUGCGAGGAGUUCCUGAAAUCAGCCAUGAGUGUUGAGACCUGCCUUAACAUCGGGCAAAUGGCCACCACCUUCAGCCUUGCCUCCUUGAAGGAGUCCGUCGAUGCCUUCACCUUCCGCCAUUUCCUUCAGAUUUCCGAGGAGGAAGACUUCCUCCACCUUCCUUUGGAACGACUCGUCUUCUUCCUUCAGAGCAACAAGCUCAAGAGCUGUGGUGAGAUCGACCUUUUCCGGGCUGCCAUCCGAUGGCUGCAGUACGACCCAACGCGCUGCAGCAGUGCCAGCCAGGUUCUCUGCCACAUUCGCUUCCCGCUCAUGAAAUCCUCGGAGCUGGUGGACAGCGUCCAGACCUUUGACAUCAUGGUGGAGGACGUCUUAUGCCGGCAGUACCUCCUCGAAGCUUUCAACUAUCAAAUAUUGCCUUUUCGACAGCAUGAGAUGCAGUCUCCCCGCACGGCGAUCCGCUCCGAUGUCCUCUCUCUCAUAGCUUUUGGUGGCACGCCGUACACCGAUAACGAUAGGACCGUAAGUGGCAAAGUCUACUAUUUGCCUGACAGCAGCACACGCCAAUUCAAGGAGCUGACCGAGAUGGAGGUGGGGACUAGCCACACCUGCGUGGCUGUCCUAGAUAACUUUGUUUACGUGGUUGGGGGACAGCACCUGCAGUACCGCAGCGGCGAGGGAGCCCUUGACAUCUGCUACCGCUACGACCCCCACCUGAACCAGUGGCUGCGUAUUCAGGCCAUGCAGGAGAGCAGGAUCCUGUUUCAGCUGAACGUGUUGUGUGGCAUGGUCUAUGCCACGGGGGGCAGGAACAGAUCCGGCAGCUUGGCAUCCGUGGAAAAAUAUUGCCCCAGAACCAACGAAUGGAGCUUUGUUUGCCCCCUCAAACGCAGGACGUGGGGCCACGCGGGGGCCACAGUGGGAGGCAAGCUGUAUAUCUCGGGCGGGUAUGGAAUAUCCGUGGAAGACAAAAAAGCCUUGCAUUGCUAUGACUCUGCACUGGAUCAGUGGGAGUUCAAAGCUCCCAUGAACGAACCACGGGUCUUGCACGCGAUGGUCAGCGCCAACAAUAAGGUUUAUGCCCUCGGGGGCCGCAUGGACCAUGUCGACCGUUGCUUUGAUGUCUUGGCCGUGGAGUAUUACCUACCAGAAGCCAACCAGUGGACGAUGGUGAGCCCCAUGCGGGUAGGACAAUCUGAGGCUGGCUGUUGUUUGCUAGAGAAGAAGAUCUACGUCGUGGGCGGAUACAAUUGGCACUUGAACAAUGUCACCAGCAUCGUGCAGGUGUACAACACGGAGACGGAUGAAUGGGAGAGGGACCUCCACUUCCCGGAAUCAUUUGCUGGGAUUGCUUGUGCACCGGUGAUUCUACCACAGCCAACACCCUGGAGGUGACCGUCGAAAGCCACCUGGUCCUCUGAACCAUCCUGUGCAUGCUCUUGCCUGGCUUGUUUUGCAAAAUAAAGUUGUGUAUUCAUGGCAGACAGGUGAACGUUUCUGCCUACACUCUCCUGGUUUAUUGUUUUCCAGCAGCCCCUUCCGACCCUGUUGGGAAGGGGAGUGUGAUAUGGAAGGCUGUCCUGAGUAGGGAAUCUUCUCAAGAAGCAGCCGGUGGUGCACAAUCCGGUUUCUCUUCCCUAACAAUAUCACGUCUGUGGAUGUU